AGGAGAGUAGAUCCCGUCCACAGACUACCCAUGCUGACAGACACACCGUCCGAAACGCCUAUUCACCUCUGUGGGCAUUAAACUCUGCAGCUCUGACAGGAUGGAUUUUCUUGACCGCGAGUACCUGGAAGCGCGGUCUCCGUAUGAUUACACCUUUAAUUUCUGGAACGACUACCUCGGCCUGUCGACACUUGUCGCCAAAAACAAGAUCAACAGCCCGUCCUGCAGCCCCAACUCUAUAACCGAGUCUCUUAAAGCGACCCUGGGCUUGGAGGACGACUCCCCGGUUUGCUCCUGCGUAAUUGGGCACGGCAGGGACAGCGACGGACACUUGGAAUGCUGCUGCGCGGCCCCCGGCUCUCCGCCGAUCUCCAUCUAUGAUCUCAAGGAGCGCAUCUCGCUUCUCAGGCCGUACGAACACCUUGCUGGUGAUUCGCCGCUGGGAGACAGAGAUUCGCCCUCUUACAGGGGCAGCUUCGCCGGCCUCGACCUGCUCUCCAUGGACAGAAGGCGCAAACAGACUCAGAGGGGCAAGCCGGAGCCGAAGGUGUGCGUCUUCUGUCGGAAUAAUGGCGCGCCGGAGGAAGUUUACGGCACCCAUAUCCUGAAGACAGCGGACGGCAGAGUCCUGUGCCCCAUCCUACGGGCAUACACCUGCCCCCUCUGCAGCGCCAACGGCGACAAUGCGCACACCAUCAAGUACUGCCCGCUUUCUAAAGAUCAGGCGAGCCAGAGGGUGGCAAAGGGGGGCAGAGCGAUUGGCAAAAGGCUGAAAAUCUUCUAAGCGAGGAGAUGAAUGAAGUUUGAGUUGCACUGUAAAUUACUAGUGUGUAUGGCAGUAAUUUUGCCCCAUUUCAUGCACAAGACAAGUCUGGAGAGGAAGAUUUUAAGAAAUUAAGAUUUUUAUUGAUUUUUUUGUAUGUGUCACUGCUUCAUUUGUAAUGUUUUCGUCUAUCUUGUAACUCUAUGGGCACAUAGUUUACACUUGGACGCACUGCGCGCAAUGUUUCCCCCCCUGCAGCACUCUUGAGGACUUGGUGAUUAAAAAUGAACCAAAGUACUGUACAGAUCGACCUGUGAAUGACCACCUUCAUGCUGUAAUCAGAAGUUGCUGUGUUUCAAGAAGCACAGUGCCAGUGCAAACAGCCCUGUGCAUGUCAGCGGGCGGCUCUGGGUUUAUGAGAUGCCAACAUAAAUGAAUAUGCAGCACUCCUGAUAUGAAUGUCUAGUCCCAUAGUUCAUUGGUCCAUGGGUGGAAGAAGUCUGACAGGCCAUGCAAGAUAUACUCCUUUAUAUCAAGCACAUUUUUUUCCUGAGAUAAAUGUUUUCUACCAAAGGAAUACACAUUUUGUAUUGAAAAUUAGCCUAAAGGUAAUUUCUGUAUUGUUUAUAUGUUGGAUGUCUUAUAUUCUUUACGUGAUUUUAUGUGGAUAGUAUUUUGCAGAUUUCAACUGAAUGUAAAACAGCGGAAGGUAGAUCUGACAUGCAGUUUACCUACAUGCUCUUCAAGUGGCUCCAAGCUCUAUUAUUUCAGUUUACUGUCAUAACUUUAAAAAAAAAAAAGGAUGAUGAAUUGACUUUUUCACAUGGAAACGAUUUCCUGCAAUUCUUGUAAAUGUAUUAAAGGGGUGAACAAUUUUAGCAAAGAAAAGCCUGACAUUCCAAAGUCUUUAUCUGUCAAUAGAAAUGUUUUUAUUUUUACCUUAUGUAUCAUUGGGAAGUAUAUUCACUGUAAAUGACCUCUGAAUAAACAUGUAAUUUGC